UCUGUCCUCUGUCCCACCACCUCCACCGGACCUGGCCCUCCUCAGCCUGUCCAGUCUCUACCUGUCAGCAGUGACGUCAGAGCCAGAGAAGAUGGCGGCUGUGCUGAAGGCGGAAGGGGAGAGCUGGCGGCCGUGCGUUGUGUGAGAAUCAUCCCGCAUGGACUCGUCACCAUGAGCAACAAGGACAUGGUUUCCACGGAGACAGAGAAUAAAGUACAGAGGAAAGUGUUUCUUCCCAACAAGCUGCUCGAGUGUCUCCCUCGCUCGUCCACGCUGCCUAACGAGCGUCUGCGCUGGAACACUAACGAGGAGAUCGCUUCUUACCUGAUUACAUUUGACAGACAUGACGAGUGGCUCUCCUGCAGCCUGAAAACCAGGCCGAAGAACGGCAGCAUCAUCCUGUACAACAGGAAGAAGGUGAAGUACAGGAAGGAUGGAUACUGCUGGAAGAAAAGGAAGGAUGGGAAGACGACAAGAGAGGACCACAUGAAGCUCAAGGUCCAGGGCAUGGAGUGCCUGUAUGGCUGCUACGUCCAUUCCUCCAUCGUACCGACAUUCCACAGACGAUGCUACUGGCUGCUGCAGAACCCAGACAUUGUGCUGGUGCACUACCUGAAUGUGCCUUCCCUGGAGGAUUCUGGGAAAUGCAGUCCGCUGCUGUGUGCAGUGGCCGACCGCCACGACAGCGUGAGGUGGAGCCGAGAUGAUCUGCUGAACCAGCUGAAGCCCAUGUUUCACAGUAUGAAGUGUUCUCUGGGCUCAGGUGAUUUCAGCAUCGAGGAGUUGGUUCAACACAUCCUGGACCGACAGAGAACCAAACCCCAGCCUCGCACACACACCUGUCUGUGUAACACGGCCCAAGUGUCUCCAGGUGUGAACAUUCCUCACCGCUGUAACAGCACCAAGCACCGCAUCAUCUCCCCCAAAUUGCCCCCCUCCUCCUGCAGACCCUCCCCCUCCCCCCUCUGCUGUGAGGGGGGGGAGGCAGCCGGGGGAGGAGGGGGAGGAGAAGCCAAGCUGCCUCACCUCCAGGCUCAGAGCAGCCCAGCCUCUUCUCCCUGCCCCGCCUCCACCUCGGCCUCGUCGCCCCCUCAGCCCCACAGAGCCACCAUCACCAUGAGCAACCACAGCAACAGCUUCUACGGCGACCGGAGCAGCAACCUGACGACGGUGGCGCUGCCCCAGAAUGCUGUCAUUGUCAUGGCAACAGCCAUCGCUGGAGGAAGAGGGGGGCAUGGAGGGGACGGGGUCAGAGGGGACGAGGCGGGACAGAGGAGGAGUCUGUCACUCACCCGUUCGGGGCAGUUGCUGCUCUCCCCCACCCUCCCCCCUUCUGAAGGCACGCCCACCUGCCCCUCCCCUCCUUCCUCCUGCUUACCAGCUCCCUCCCCUCCCCCUCCCACCGUACAGGCGCCGGGUGUCGCCACCCUCUCCCUCACCCUCCUCCCGUCUCCUGUUAUCAGACGCAUGCUCCUCACCCCGUCCUCCUCUACCUCACUCCGCUCCCCUCCCCUCCUGCCGCCGCCACUCCUCCUUCUCCCCCUCCUCCCUUCACCACCUCCACUUCCCCAUCCCUUCCCCCGCCUUGACCCCGACUCCUUCCUAAUCCCCAAACAGGGUCAGACAUAUGGUGGCCCUCCUCACCCCUCCUCCUCCACUCCCUCCCCUGUCCUCUGCGCCUCCUCCUCCCUCUCUCCCUCCCUCACUCUCUCCCUCUCCCCCACCUCAACCCCUCCCUCCUCCGUCUCCCCUCCCUCCUCGCUCUCCUCUCUCUCCUUCUCCUCCUCUGAUGCGGACAAGCGAGACUCUGCGCUCCCCCCCUCCUUCUCCUCUUCAUCUUCCUCUCCACCUUCGUCCUCCUCCCCCUCCCUCUCCCUGUCUCCCACCUCCUCUGUGGCCCCGCCCCUCCUCCCCCUCUGCCUGGAGCUUGAUGCUCUGGGGCAGUCUGAGGGAGGGAGGGGGGAGGAGGAGGUGGGGGGCGAUGAAGAGGGGGUGAAGGACAGUAGGGACGACGACGACGAUGAUGAAAGCAGAGCUCCUCCCACCAAACUGGCGCUGCUGCAGCCGAGCCACGCCUCCUCCGGUUCGUUGCUACAGCAACAGACAGGAAGUAGCGCUGCGUCACUGCUCCUGGUUUGUCAAGACUCGGCAGCCCCUCGUACCCAGCCAGCCAAUCAGGCGCAAAGACAAGCUAAUGGACAGCAUUCAUUGGUUCUGAGACAGCCCUACAGUCACCAGUCUGCAGCUGAAGCCCCGCCCCCGGCGCAGAUAUCCCAUCAGCCCCUGGUGCUGCAGCAGUCGUCAUUGUUUGCUAAAACUAAGGCGGUGUCUUCUCCGGCUGCUGUCGCCAUGGUUCCAGCUCACCUGGCAACUUCUCAGAUUCAGGUGAAGGAGGAGAGCAGGCGGGGCUACAACUCGGAGGACGCCUGCAUGGACACUCCCCUGGAGGAGGAGGCGGGGCCCUGCGAACAGGCAGGGGAGGAGCUUGACAUCUCCUUCGACAGCCAGUUUCCUGACCUGAUCUCUGACCUCAUCACAGAGGAGGCCAAUCCCGUCACAGCUCACCCCCCCACCGCCGUCACACCAAACCCAGCUGUGUUUGCGGCAGGGGUACGAUACAUGGUGCCCCCCCAGCCCUCUCCCUCCUCGUCCUUCCUCCCCUUCCCUCACCCGCUACCCUCCCCCUCCUCCACCCGCCUGGCCUCGAUCACCGACUUCUCCCCAGAGUGGUCCUACCCCGAGGGGGGUGUGAAGGUGUUGAUAACGGGUCCGUGGAGCGAACUGUUGGGUCGAUACUCGUGUGUUUUCGAUCAGAGCACCGUCCCUGCAUCACUGAUCCAGCCUGGAGUACUGCGCUGCUACUGCCCCGCCCACGAGGCUGGUUUGGUUUGUCUGCAGGUUCUGGAGUCUGGAGGUUCCGUUUCUUCGUCUGUUCUGUUCGAGUACCGAGCGAGGAACGCCAGCUCCCUGCCCAGCUCGCAGCUCGACUGGCUCUCAUUGGACGAUAAUCAGUUCAGGAUGUCCAUCCUGGAGCGUCUGGAGCAGAUGGAGCGUAGGAUGGCAGAGAUGGCCGCCCGUGAUAACAACCAGCAGCAGCAACAACAACAACAACAACAACAGCACAGCAACCAGCUGGCAACGCCCCCUCCACCAACCCUACCUGAGGAGCAGGAACAGUCCUCUCAGUGGUUUGAGAGGAGGAUUGUGGGAGUUUGUGAACGAAUGAUGAGGGUCGGACGAUGGGGACGAUGGGGAGGAGGAGGAGGAGAAGAAGGAGAGAGGCUUCAUCACUCAGUCCGUCACCGUGGGAUGACACUGCUCCACCUGGCUGCUGCACAGGGAUACACACACCUGAUCCACACUCUGAUCCGCUGGAGGAGCGUGAACAGUGACAGUUUAGACUUGGAACAGGAAGUUGAUCCUCUCAACGUCGACCACUUCUCCUGCAGCCCGCUGAUGUGGGCGUGUGCUCUGGGCCACCAGAGGGCAGCGGAGCUCCUCUACAGCUGGAACAGUCUGGCUCUGGGGAUCCCUGAUUCGCUGGGACGUCUGCCACUUGCUGUCGCUCGCUCCCGAGGACAUACCCGACUCGCCACGGCGCUGGAGGAGCUGCACACACAGCGCACACUCUCUCACAACACGCCCAGGGACACACACAUGUCUGAAGCAGACACACCGGCCACGCCACAGCCACUGUCUCCUCUGUCCACGAGCCCAGACACAGGUCUGAGCUCGUCCAGCAGCCUCCCCUCUCCCAGUGACCCCUCCUCCACCUCCCCGAGCUCUGCCUACUCGAGUGGCCCCGCCCCCAUGGACACCUCCCCAUCCUCCCCUUCUUCUUCUUUCUCCCCCUCCUCCUCGCUGCCUGUCUCCCCUCCCUCUGCCCCCUCCCCCCUGCUGUCCUCACUUCCUCCUGUGUCCAUGUGGGGGGAAGAGCCCAACGCUGGAUUCCAUGAAACCAUGUCUGAGCCGAUUGAUGCCACAGGUCUGAACCCCGGAGGUUCCAGAGACUCUUCUCUUUACCUUAUGGACUAUGAGAGCGCCUCCCCCGGCCACACGCACAUUUACACACAUGCACACGCCCACACGGCAGGCGGGCGGCGAGUGCACACUGCGGCGAGGCUGGAGGAGCACCUGUUGAGCUACAGCGAGAAUGCCGAGAACGAAGGCGAGGAGGAAGAGUACCUGGAGGAGGAGGUGCUGCAGGUUGACAUGGCAACACUGGCAGAACAAAUCAUUGAGGCGACGCCUGAGCGAAUCAAGCUAGAGGACUUCCCCAGAGGGGCGGAGUCACCGCUCAGAGAGAGACGGGACAACCCCGCCAUACAGGACACCUGGUUGGCUACUUACCUGGACACAGUUGACACACACACACACUCCCCUCCCAGGCGGGUGUGCCCCCCCUCACCUCUAAGUGCACUGGCCCUCCAGAGGCUCCGCCCCCCCUCCUCUGCAGCAUGGGCGGAGUUCCUGAACGCCUCAGCCAAUGGGAAGAUGGAGAGAGACUUUGCCCUGCUGACGCUGACGGACGGGGAGCAGAGGGAGCUGUACGAGGCCGCCAGGAUCAUCCAGAACGCCUUCAGGAGAUACAAGGGUCGGAGGUUAAAAGAACAGCAGGACAUGGCUGCAGCCGUCAUCCAGAGAUGCUACAGGAAGUACAAACAGCUAACAUGGAUAGCACUGAAGUACGCUCUCUACAAGAAGAUGACGCAGGCGGCCAUCUUGAUCCAGUCCAAGUUCAGGUCGUACUACGAGCAGAAGCGUUUCCAGCAGAGCCGGCGGGCGGCGGUCCUCAUCCAGCAGUACUACCGCAGCUACAAGGAGUACGAGAGGCUGAAACAGGCGCCGCGAGGAGCCGCCGGCCACAACCCCAAGAUCAAGGGCUCGUUCUUGACAAAGAAACAAGACCAGGCAGCAAGAAAGAUCAUGAGGUUCCUGAGACGCUGCAGACACAGGAUUAAAGAGCUGAAGCAGACGAGGGAGCUGGAGAGAAGAGGACUGACCACUUAAACAUUUCAUCUCUUCAUCUUUCUUCAUCCUGACGAGAGGAGAGAGAGAAAUCCUGUCGUCCUUCGUCAGAUUUACUCUGAUGAACAAAGAGACAGAGACCGACUGAUAAGAGAAGGACAGAGUGACGGAGGGACGCCUUACCCCAUCUGUCUGUCUCUGUCUUCUCUCCUGGUUGAAUGUCUCUCUGCAGUUUAGAAAGAGCUCCAUUUGAAAACGUCUCGCCCUCCUUUUUGUCUUACAGGCCUAAGAUGAACGUUAGUUUUUUUUACCCUGAGCCGAGUCUUGCAGGAAGACAAAGUUCAGGUCCUUCAUUUCAGCUUCUGGCGUUCAGACCGUCAGGAGACGACCUGUAGACGAACGUUUCAUCCAAUCAGCACAUUUCACGUUAUAUUUGUUGAGUUUUAUUUAACAGCUGCGAGCUAAGCGCCGCACGAAGAGCAUGCUGGGAUACAGUGUCCUGCUGAAAGGGGGGGGGGGAUCUUCUGUUGCUCCUUGGAGGCAAAACAACCCUGAAGUCUCUGCUGAUACGCGGUGAGGGGCGGUGCGUUCGAGGGUCGUCUGGACAAAUCAGACUCCGACCAGAAGGAAAACAAGCUGCGGAACAUUUUUGAACUCUUGAUGUUGAGUCAGAAACUGAACAUGAUUAUAACAAAUCUAUUCAAACACAAUCACGUAUAUUAACAUAUAAAUAUAUAAAUAUAUAUUCUAAAGUGGAAAUUUAUAGAUGCUAUGGAUGUUUUAUUUAUUACAGCAUGAACUGUUAAUGUGAGAGAGAGUGUGUGUGCUGCACUGACUGUGAGGUCGAGUCUUAACAAACCCUGUGACCUCUGACCUUCACACAAACAAAACAAAGUUAAAAUGUGAGGAAACAACAUGGACGUCUGCAGCAAAUUUCUUAAUAAAACAAAAUAUUGGCGUCAAUAACAUUGUCACCUGACCGAGUCCCACCUGAUGUGACAUCACUUCCUGUUGUCAUCAUCUGAACAGGAGCUGAUCACAGUUCAGCUGCUUUUAUAAAAACAAAACAUCAUGGUGGAUUUUAACGUGGGAAUCGAACUUCAGGCUGUGAUGUCACUGAUGACAUAUCUGUGCUGCUGAGGUCAGAGGUCAGAUUGAGGGUCCCCUUCAAACCAUAUUUGAAUCUGUCCAGAAACUUUUCAGGAUGACUCAGUGGCAGCUGGUUUCCAUGGCAGCCACCACGUGAGUCCCGUGUCAUACAGGCCGAGACUGAACCACUGGCUGUUGUCACGGUAACCACGGUGUCCGAGCAUGAGCUUGACGACGAGUUGUUUGACGAACUUUUCCUUGUUGUUUCUGCUGCAGUGAAGUUUUGCAUGAGUUUGUAACGAACUGUUGGAAAAACGAUUCUACGAGAACCAACAAUAAAUCAGCUGUUUGCUACCGA